UCACACGACGCAAUGGUCCACCACUCCGGCUCCAUCCAGUCCUUCAAGCAGCAAAAGGGCAUGCACACCAGCAUCAGCGAGAUCCUGAAGGAGAAGAGCCUGAAGCCAUCUCGCCGAAGUCUGCCCUGCCUGGUCCAGAGCCGCACGCACCCGCAUAACCUCCACCAUGGCCUGUCCGUGCCACUGGACCUCAACCCCUCCCCCAAACCUGGCUGCACCAGCCCCUCCUGCCCCGACAUCUCCCACCCCACAGAUCGAGGUAAGGACUUGUAUGCCGAGGCGUCAGAAGCUGGGACCUAUGAGUCCAGGACAGACGAGUCACUCCUGAUCAGGACCCCCGGGUCGAGAGCCAAACUGGAGGCCCGAGCGCAGUCCCUUCAGAAGAGAAACCGAGCUCCUCCAUCCGGCCUUCUGUUUAGAGACGGGAAGAAGCGCGUUGAUUACAUCCUGGUGUACAAAAAGUCCAGCCCCCAGGUGGAGAAGAGAUGUACCUUUGAGAGGAACCUGCGUGCAGAGGGACUUAUGUUGGAGAGAGAACCUUCUCUGACCAACAAUGACAUCAUGUUUGUGAAGAUCCAUGCCCCUUGGGACACACUAUGUAAAUACGCUGAGCAGAUGAACAUCCGGAUGCCCUUCAGGAAGAAAUGUUACUUCACUGACUGGAAGAGUAAGGCCAUGGGAAGUAGGUUCAAGUUGCCUUGGCGGCAGGUGAAGAGCUGGUUGCCCAGGAACCCCAUGAAGCUGGAUAAAGAGGCCUUACCUGAUCUGGAGGAGACCGACUGCUACACAGCACCUUUCAGCAGGGCCAGAAUGCACCACUUCACCAUCAACAACAGAGAAACAUUCUUCUCCAACUCUACGCGGAGCAGGAUUGUCCACCAUCUUCUGCAACGCACUAAAUAUGAGGACAGGAAGUCAAAGAUCGGUAUCAACCGGUUACUGGGCAACGGGACAUAUGAAGCAGCCUUCCCUCCUCAUGAGGGUGGAUACAAGAGCAGGCACCCAAUUAAAACGCACGGUGCCCAGAACCACAGGCACCUGCUGUAUGAGCGUUGGGCUCGCUGGGGAAUGUGGUACAAGUACCAGCCACUGGACCUGAUCAGGCGCUACUUCGGGGAGAAGAUCGGGCUGUACUUUGCGUGGCUGGGCUGGUACACUGGCAUGCUGAUCCCUGCCGCCCUGGUGGGCCUCUUUGUCUUCCUCUAUGGCCUCUUCACUAUGGACUCCAGCCAAGUCAGCCGUGAGAUCUGUGAGGCGAACACCACCAUCAUGUGUCCCAUGUGUGAGGGGAACUGCAGCUCCUGGAUUCUGAGUGACAGCUGCGUGUAUGCCAAGGUGACGCAUCUCUUUGACAAUGGGGGCACAGUUUUUUUUGCAAUCUUCAUGGCAAUAUGGGCGACCGUGUUCCUGGAGUUCUGGAAGAGGAGGCGGGCGGAGCUGACGUAUGACUGGGACCUGAUCGACUGGGAAGAGGAGGAAGAGGAGCUACGGCCCCAAUUCGAGGCAAAAUAUUCGAGAGUAGAAAGAGUCAACCCCAUUUCCGGAAGACCAGAGCCUUUCCAGCCUUUCUCAGACAAACUCAGCCGCCUGAUGGUCUCCGUAUCCGGAAUCUUCUUCAUGCUGUCCUUGGUCGUGACUGCUGUGUUUGCUGUGGUGGUUUUCCGCCUCAUCGCCAUGGAGAAGUUUGCGUCGUUCCAGUGGGAGUUUGUGAAAAAGAACUGGCAGUUUGCCACGUCUGGGACCGGAGUCUGCAUCAACUUCAUGAUCAUAAUGUCCCUCAAUGUGGUGUAUGAAAAGGUGGCGUACCUGCUUACAAACUUAGAACACCCUCGGACAGAGUCAGAAUGGGAGAACAGCUUUGCCCUUAAAAUGUUCUUCUUUCAGUUUGUGAACUUGAACAGCUCCACAUUCUACAUUGCCUUCUUCCUGGGCAGAUUUGCAGGCAGGCCAGGGAAAUAUAACAAGAUGUUUGAGAGAUGGCGCUUGGAAGAGUGCCACCCGAGUGGCUGCCUCAUAGACCUGUGCCUACAGAUGGGUGUCAUCAUGGUUUUAAAACAGAUCUGGAACAACUUCAUGGAGUUAGGCUACCCGUUACUGCAGAACUGGUGGUCUCGGAGGAAGAUCAGGAAAGGUGGGCAGCGCAUGGAGAGCAAGGUGUUGCUGCCGCAGUGGGACAAGGACUGGAACCUGCAGCCCAUGAACCCCCACGGCCUGGUGGACGAGUACCUGGAGAUGGUCCUGCAGUUUGGCUUCACCACCAUCUUCGUGGCGGCGUUCCCGCUGGCUCCCCUCCUCGCCCUGCUCAACAACAUCAUCGAGAUCCGCCUGGACGCCUACAAGUUUGUCACACAGUGGAGGCGGCCGAUGCCUGCUCGAGCUACUGAUAUCGGCAUCUGGCACGGGGUGCUCGAGUGGAUCGGUGUGCUGGCAGUCAUUACCAACGCCUUCGUCAUCGCCAUCACCUCUGACUACAUUCCCCGCUUCGUCUACGCCUUCAAGUACGGGCCCUGUGCGAACCAGACCUACGGGCACGAGGAAUGCCUGGCGGGCUACAUGAACAGCAGUCUGUCUGUGUUCGACAUGGGGGAAGAGAGCCAGCCCAGGUACUGCAGGUCUGUAUACUCUUGAAAUAAUGGCUGUUUUUUUCCUGUCUGUAGGUACCGGGACUACAGAGCUCCCCCCUGGAGCGCGGAGCCCUAUGAGUUCACUCUGCAGUUCUGGCAUGUUCUGGCUGCCAGGCUGGCCUUCAUCAUUGUGUUUGAGCACCUGGUGUUUGGCAUCAAGUCGUUCAUCGCGUACCUGAUCCCGGACAUGCCCAAGGGUCUGUGUGAGCGCGUGCGGCGGGAGAAGUACCUGAUGCAGGAAAUGAUGUACGAGGCGGAGCUGGAGCACCUGCAGAAGGAAAGGAAGAAGAACGGCAAGCGCUAUCACCACGAGUGGCCUUAGCUUCCCCACCCUGCCCACUCACACACACUCACUAUACACACUCACUCACACAUACUCACACACUCACACACACACUCACUAUACACACUCACACACACACACAAACACACACACUGAGACACACUCACACACACACACACUCACUGAGACACACACACACUCACUAUACACACUCACUCACACAUACUCACACACUCACUAUACACACUCACUCACACAUACUCACACACUCACACACACACUCACUAUACACACUCACACACUCACACACACACACACACUCACACUCACACUCACACUCACACUCACACUCACACUCACACACACACACGCACGGCUCAGCGGGGUGCCACGUGGGAGGCCAGCUCUGCAGCGGAGAUGCGUUCGUCAUCUUACAUCCAGACCCGAACGGGCCCCUGCCGGUACCCACCCCCACGAAUCGCAGCCCUCAGGCCGUACGGCCGAUUCCCACGCUAAUGUCCUGCACCUCCUCAGCUUUUUUUACCACAGCGGGAAACCGUGUCUGUGCUAUUUCACUGCUUGGAAGGAGCGUCUGUGCACUUGUCAUGUUUACUAUGCAGAUGAAGGGCUGCAGGUCACCGUGCUCUCUGCUCUCCCACCGGCGGCCUGCACGGUUACAGGCUGUUCGGCCCUCCAGCCAAACGGCUCCAGUCUGCUAUUUAUGGAUCCCAGCACUGGCACCAGCCUCUCGCUGUGUGUUCCUGUUGCACGCACUGAUUGUUCAUUUGCUGCAAAGUGGGCCCGGUAAAAUAGCUUCCAAAAAUAACAGAGACCGCUUUAUGCAAAGUAAAUGUAUAUUUCCCUAACAGCAUGCAGAAUUACUUCCUUUAUUGUCUUUUUAAUUUUGUAAAUGCAAAACAGACACACAGACACACAGUUAAAGUGUGUCAAAGGAACUGCAUUGGUUAAUGUUCUUAUCCAAAAAAAACUCUGAGAAAUGCUCUGACUAGUGCAUGUUUUUUUCCUAAGCACACCUUGUACAUUUGGUCACAGUGCCUGGUUUGAUGUGGAGCUUUCUGUGUGAGCUUCUCUGUCCUUGUGAAGUGCCGUGUCGCUCCAUCUUCCCUGGAGAUGAGGAGCCACAGGUCGCCCGUUCCGUGGCGUGUGUCCGGUCGCGUGCGUGUCCAUGUUUGUGGUGAAAUGAGAAAGAAACUGUUCAACUAUUCUAGCAGAGCAUUGUAAGGACAGUUCACAUGACAGAGACACAUGAAGAUGGUUUUUGCUGUCUACCCAUCACCUCUACUCUUUGCCUUCAGCCUUUGAAUUUACCGCUGUAACAGUAGAAAAAUUGUAUGUCUUGCCUUAGAGUAAUUUAACUUAAACUGGUCUUACACACAACAGCUGUGUAGACACAGCCUUGCUGCUUUUACCAUUUUAAUUUGCCGUUCUACUUCAGCUUUGGUAAGAAGCAUCCCUUUUCAGUCAUUUUGGCCAGACUUAUCAAAGGGAGAGUUAGGUACUCUUUCUAUUCUUUUCUUUAGGAUUUUGUUAUAAAAUGCAAGGUUUACACAAACAUUCUUCUUAUCAAGUUUUCCAAAGUUUUGGGGUCUCUGCCCUUUCAUUGCAGAGUGAAAAAGUCACAGUUAUUUUUU